AUGGUACCGAAGUCUGGAGAUGUACCAGCCAUUGUUGGAGACGUGUUGACCGAUGUGGUCAUCAUGGUAUUGGUGUAUGUAGAUGUACUAGACACAGUUGGAGACGUGUUGACUGAUGGUGUGCUUCUUUCAGAAGUCAUCAUGGUACUGAUGUAUGGAGAUGUACUAGACAAUGUUGGAGAUGUGUUGACUGAUGGAGUCAUGCUUUCAGCAGUCAUCAUGGUAUUGAUGUAUGUGGUCGUCAUGGUAUUGAUGUCUGGAGAUGUACUAGACACAGUUGGAGAUGUAUUGACUGAUAGUGUGCUGCUUUCAGUAGUCAUCAUGGUACUAAUGUCUGGAGAUGCACUAGGCAAUGUUGGAGACGUGUUGACUGAUGAAGUCAUCAUGGUACUGAUAUCCGGAGAUGUACUAGACACAGUUGGAGAUGUGUUGACUGAUGGAGUGCUGCUUUCAGCAGUCAUCAUGGUUUUGAUGUAUGGAGAUGUACUAGACACAGUUGGAGACGUGAUGACUGAUGAUGUGCUGCUUUCAGUAGUAAUCACGGUACUGAUGUCUAGAGAUGUACAAGACCCAGUUGGCGACGUGUUGACUGAUGUGGUCAUCAUGGUAUUGAUGUAUGUAGAUGUACUAGACACAGUUGGAGACGUGUUGACUGAUGGUGUGCUUCUUUCAGAAGUCAUCGUGGUACUGAUGUAUGGAGAUGUACUAGACCAUGUUGGAGAGGUGUUCACUGAUGGAGUCCUGCUUUUAGCAGUCAUCAUGGUAUUGAUGUAUGAAGUCAUCAUGGUACUAAUAUCCGGAGAUGUACUAGACACAGUUGGAGAUGUGUUGACUGAUAGAGUGCUGCUUUCAGCAGUCAUCAUGGUAUUGAUGUAUAGAGAUGUACUGGACAAUGUUGGAGACGUGUUGACUGAUGAUGUCAUCAUGGUACCGAUGACUGAAGAUGUACCAGCCAUUGUUGGAGACGUGUUGACCGACGAUGUACUAGACACAGUUGGAGACGUGUUGACUGAUGGUGUGCUUCUUUCAGAAGUCAUCGUGGUACUGAUGUAUGUAGAUGUACUAGACAAUGUUGGAGAUGUGUUGACUAAUGGAGUCCUGCUUUCAGCAGUCAUCAUGGUAUUGAUGUAUGGUGAUGUACUAGACACAGUUGGAGACGUGUUGACUGAUGAUGAGCUGCUUUCCAUAGUCAUAAUGGUACUGAUGACUUGA